CUCCCCGGACCCAGGAACUCGGAGCCCGUCCCCGUACUGCUCUCCCUCUCCUGCUGCCCCGAGCAGCCUGUACCAACACGGCCCCCACACCCGGGCCAGCCAUGCGCGGGCAGGUGCUCCCGCACACCACGGCUGCGGCCUGCUGGUGAGGGCGCGCGUGACCCGUCCGUCACUGAUGCCACCACCACCAGCCCUUGGGCGGGGCCGGGACCCCACGCCCUUGCCAGGGCUGCCAUCGGCUACACAAGGACAAAACGCCGAGACUACGGCGAGAUGUCCAGCUGGAACCCAAGCACAGCGGCCUAGCAGACUCGCCCACGACACACCAUCUAGGAAAGCCGCGCUCUGCAGGGACGGAGACGGGGCUCUGCCACCCUCGUCAACGCGGGGACAAGGCCGCGGGGCGUCCCCCAGGAGCGGGGUGACCUGGCCAAGCGCGAGAAAGGGGAGCCCACGACCCCCGAGUACACGAAAGCAGGACGUGGGCGCCGCGUGGCGCGAAGGCGCCCACCGGGUGGCGGGGCGCUCCCGAGGCGCCUGCACUGGGACGACGCGGGGGCUCGGCGGGCGCGGGGACGCGACUGCGCAGGCGCCAGAGGCCGGCCCGGCGGAAGCGAGGGCGCCACGCGCACUUCCUGCGGCGCAACCGUCGGCCUGCGGAGCGGCGCCGGGCGGGAGCGGCUCUCGAGUUACCUGUGACCCGGGAGUGAAGCCCCGGCCAGCCUCCGCCGCGAGAUGGCAGCGUCCGCGGACAAGGCCCUGCCGCUGCGGCUGCCCGAGCUGUUCGAGGCCGGCAGGCGGCUGCUGGAGCAGGCGGAGGCCGCGGCCGAGCCCAGCGGUUCCCAGGCGGUCCAGGACGCCGUGGCCGAGGGCUUGGAGCUCCUGGGGAAGGCCGCCGACAUGCUGUCGCUGCUCGACCUGUUCAGCCGAAACGAGGACGUGGAAGACAUCGCCUCCGCCGACCUCAAGUACCUGCUGCUGCCGGCGCUGCAGGGCGCGCUCACCGUGAAGCAGGUGCGCCCCGGCGAGCGUCUGGCCCACCUGCAGCAGGCGCGGGAACACUUCCUAAACUACCUCACGCAGUGCCGGCACUACCGGCUGGCCGAGUUCCCGCUUCCUGGAACCCGCGCCGGCGCAGCCCAACGCAGUGCCGCUGCGCCCGCCGCAGCCCGGCCUGGCCUCGAGGCCAUGGCGUCGCAACGCGAGGCUAAGAUAGAGAGGUACAGGCAGAGGAAGGAGGCGGAGAGCAGGCUGGCCGCGCUGAAACGCGCUGUGGAAAGCGGGCAGGCAGCGGACGAGCGUGUCCGUGAGUACCACCUCCUCCACCUCCGGAGGUGGGCGGGUAUCAGCUUGGAUGAGAUUGAGAGCAUUGACCAGGAGAUGGAGAUUCUGCGAGAAAAAGACUCCGCAGGAGAGGCGGCGGCGCCUCCCGCAUCUCGCCAGGAGAGGCCUCCAGUGAAGCCCUUCAUUCUCACUCGCAAUGUGACCCAAGCUAAAGUGUUCGGAGCCGGUUAUCCGAGUCUGGCAACCAUGACCGUGAAUGACUGGUACGAGCAGCAUCAGAAAUUUGGAGCGUUGCCAGAUCAAGGAAUAGCCAAGGAGACGCCAGAGCCCUCUGACACCGAGAGCUGACUGAAACACUUCAGAACCUGCAAUACAGGUGCCGUUCAGCUUACAGUGAGCUUACAUCCAGAUAAACCCACUGUAAGUUGACAGUAUCCUAGAGCAGCAAGAUACAGGAAGACAGGAGGAGGAGCAUGGUGAGAACACCACAGAGCAAGGGGUGGGGGGUGACUGGAAAGGCACCCAGGCUAGGGGCUGUGGCAACUGACAGGUUGCUUCCCAAAACUGACGGGACUGCAGAACACACCAGCCCCACCAAGGAGAACCAUGCAGUCCCCUCCCUGGGCUGCUGCCUCAGCUCUGUGAAACAAAGGUAAAGGCUGUAAUCUUGCUUUGCAUUUAAUAAAGUGUCAUUGUGCAGUUGUGUCCUA